UGACACAUCACAAAACAAAACAAAAUUUACCCGGGCGGGUAACCGGGGAAACAGCUGAUUGUCACUGACGUCAACAUAACCUAAAUCUGUCAAUGUCAAUACGUGAUACCUGCAGGCAUGCAAGACUUGAGUCGUUGAGUCUUGAGUGAUAAUUAUUAAUAUAAUAAGUGUUUGUGCAUAGAUAGACACAACAGCUAUAGACUAAAAAUUAUAGGUCAGAUUCAGAACACAUAAAACCGACAUUAAGGCAUAAAAAGCGAAACUUAUGUGGCAAAAGCUGUCUUUAAUUCGCUGACCAAUUCCAUAAUCAUUUUACAAAUAUUUAACAUAUUCAGAUUUUGAACAAGUCGUUGAUUGUUUGUUCAUCAAUCCUGAUUUCAUUCAAAUAAAGAAUUGUGUUACCACUACUGGGUUAACAUUUCAAUUGCGGCAUAAUACUACAUACAACUUCCAUAAGAUGACAACAUCCAGUCAAGAUAUCUACAAAAAACAGAAGGUGUGCUUUCAAGUAGCCACUAAUGUCACAGAACAGAAACACCAUGUGUCAAGAGCCAAGCGUGGCCAAAUAUUGGGGCAUUUACGAGGAUUCAGAGGUUGUACCAUAUGGUUCACUGGUCUUUCUGGUGCUGGUAAAACAUCAAUUGCCUUUGAACUAGAAGCUUACCUUGUAUCAAGAGGUAUACCAGCUUAUGGUCUUGAUGGAGACAACAUAAGGUGUGGCCUCAAUAAGGACUUGUCCUUCUCAAAGAAGGAUAGAGAGGAGAACAUUAGAAGAGUUGCAGAGGUAGCCAGGCUGUUUGCGGAUUCUGGACAAAUCUGUUUGUGCAGUUUUGUUUCACCUUUUGCAGAGGAUAGAGACGUUGCUCGAAGAAUCCACAAGGAAAGUGACCUGCCCUUUUUCGAAGUUUUUGUCGACACGCCUUUAGCAGUCUGUGAGCAGAGAGAUAAUAAGGGACUGUAUCUGAAAGCUCGACAAGGGAUCAUCAAAGGUUUCACUGGAAUUGAUCAACCAUAUGAAACUCCUGAACAUCCAGAGUUGGUGCUAAAGACUGUUGACUGUACUGUCGAACAAUCUGCCAUGCAGGUUGUUGAACUGCUACAAGAACACGGAAUAAUACCGUUUACUCAGGAAGAUAGGAAAACUAUUCCAGAGCUAUUUGUGCCCAAAGACAGGCUAGCUGGAGCUAUGGAAGAAGCAGCAUCUUUACCAACCCUGAAUAUUACUGAAAUCGACCUGCAAUGGAUUCAGGUCCUUGCGGAAGGUUGGGCAUAUCCCUUGAAAGGGUUUAUGCGCGAAGAUCAGUAUUUGCAGUGUUUGCACUUUGAUUGUUUGGUGACAGAAGGCAACACUAUCAACCAAAGCAUUCCUAUUGUUUUACCUCUUUCUAGUUUAGAUAAACAAAGAUUGAGAGAUAGUUCUGCUAUAACAUUGUGCUUUAGGGGCAAUUUUGUGGCAAUACUUCGGAAACCAGAAUUCUAUCUACACAAGAAGGAAGAACGGGUAGCAAGACAAUUCGGUACGACUAAUAAAGAACACCCGAUGAUAAAAAUUAUCUACGAUUCCGGCGACUGGCUUGUGGGAGGUGAUUUGGAGGCUAUGAAAAAAAUCAAGUGGUACGAUGGAUUGGACUCAUACCGUUUAACGCCGAACGAGUUAAGGGCUAAAUUCAAAGAAAUGAAAGCUGAUGCUGUGUUCGCUUUCCAACUGAGAAACCCCAUACAUAACGGACACGCAUUACUGAUGCAGGAUACUAAGAAACAGUUACAGGAUCGAGGAUAUAGGAAACCGAUACUCCUGUUGCAUCCACUAGGUGGUUGGAUAAAAGAGGAUGACGUUCCUCUACCAGUGCGCAUCCAGCAGCACGAAGCGGUUAUAGAAGAAGGAUUAUUAGAUAGAAAUUCCACCAUUGUAAGUAUCUUUCCAAGUCCGAUGCAAUACGCAGGACCCACUGAAGUGCAAUGGCAUGCUAAAGCUAGGAUGAAUGCCGGUGCGAAUUUUUAUAUAGUCGGUAGAGACCCUGCAGGUAUUCCACAUCCUGAUGGUAAAGAAGCAACUCCAGACGGCAAUCUAUACGACUCAACUCAUGGCGCCAGAGUUCUAAAAAUGGCUCCAGGUUUGGACGCAUUGGAAAUCAUACCAUUCAGAGUGGCUGCUUAUGAUAAGAAAAACAGAAAAAUGGCUUUUUUUGACUCUAGCAGGGUUGAAGAUUUCGAGUUUAUUUCUGGAACGAAAAUGAGAUCUCUAGCUAGACAAGGAGAACAACCUCCACAUGGUUUUAUGGCAGAAAAGGCAUGGCAUAUUCUGGCAGGUUACUAUCAAGGCUUGAUUAGUAAUUGAAAAUAAUCUCAGGGCAACCCCAACUUACCAUUCUACAGGCGCAGCAAUGUUAUAGUCAAGUUCUAUCACACAAUUCCAUAUUGCAUAAGAUGGUAUACUACACAGUCGAGCAAGUUUGAUAAUUUGAUAAUGCCAAGCUAUUACUACAACCAAAGCACUUCGUCCCUUUGCUCUCCCCCCGCCCCUCUUUAAUUCUUUCUUCGUCCUUUCCCUGACUUGUUUGGCAUCUGAGCAACCAGACCGGAACAACAGACCUGCAAUCAAGAAUGAAGGUCGUACGCACCGCUUUGACAGCCAGCAAUGAUUAGAACUUCCAGCUUAUUGAUUUCUUGAUAGUAUAAAUCUCUUAUACGGUAUUCAGGCAGUUUUUACUUAGGCUUUACAUUAUUUGUAUGUUAUAAGCCGCUCAAACAAGCAGUAACUUAUUAUGUUUGUGAUAUAUUUAUGUGGAUUUAUCUUUUUUAUUCAUUUGUUAUAAAACUUAUCUUUAUAUAUAAAUUAUUCUUGUUGACGUACACAAAAGCAUUUAGGUGUCCCUUUUUCAAAAUAUGUAAUAUGUACUAUUAUAGUAAAUGUGUAAUGUAUGUUAUUGAUAAACUCAAUUGAAAGAAAGUGUUGAUUUAUUAUGUUAUUAUCCAUGCUUUACUAUAUACUCAAGCAGCAGUGAAGGGAAACACUUAUAGUAGAAGAUCUGAAUUAAAAACGACCUGCACCUAUCUGUUUAAUGGAUGGAAAGUAUUUUAUGUCAAAUUUAGUAUAUUAAAAAAUAUAUCGCAAGUGGGUUGGCUAAAAAAAUCAUGGGGAGACUGGAAUAUUAGUUUUUAUAUAGUUUAACGAAUAAAUUUGAUACCAACUAAAAGUAUAAAGCCUAUAGAAUCUGCAAACGUUGGGUUGUCUAUUUUCUUCCUGACAUAACUACUGGGUUACCAGGUAUAAACAGCUAUGUUGAUACUAGUUAUUUUCACCCAUUUCUUUUAUAGAUAGAUCUCAUAUCAAAAUAAGCAUAUUUUCAAUGCGAAAACGAUAAUGUAGGGUUGUCUGAAAACAACCUGGCUGGAAUGUUGCAUGACGGGUUUUUAAAAGUGAAAUUUUGAUGCGAAUGGAAACUUGAGACAAAGUGGCCCGAGCUAAGUAUCCCGCGCGAUACUCUAGUAAAUACUGAGCAAUAUUUUGGAGCAACCGGUAGUAGACUUGAGAAAACAAUGAUAAAUACACAGGGUGACUCAGAGUAAAUUUCCCUUUCAAACAUGGAAUAAAAACAAAAUUGAAGGUGUUGCGAUAAUUUCAAUCAUAAAUUUUGAAAGUACAGGGAUGCGGAUUUCACUUCUUAAACACAAUGUUGUCCAAAUGUCGUCCAUCCUGCUCAUAGCACUCCUCCAAUGAUGCUAUUCAAUGUUGGAAUAUCUGCUGACACAUUUCAAUAGGAAUUUUAUUAAUUGCGUGUCGAAUGUUGUGUUUUAACUGCUCCGUAGUGGCUGGAGGAUCGGUGUAGACGAUACUGUUUAAAUGUCCCCACAAAAAAAUCGAUGGGCGUAAGAUCUGGCGAUCUUGUCGGGAAAGUGAUGUCUUCAAAUUUUGAAAUAAGAGAUCCUGGAAACGAUUCACGUAAAAUGUUCAUUGAUGUUGCUGCUGUGUGUGCUGUCGCCCCAUCCUGUUGAAACCAGGUCCCAUUUGGGUCAUAGCCAGGAAAUGUUUGAAGAGGCCGGACUCAAAAAUUGCUGAAGCAUUGCAAUAUACCGUUGGCUUGUCACAGUGACAGAGCGGCUCCGAGUAUCUUCCAAAAAGAAGGGCCCAAUUAUUCCAGUGGCCGACAUGGCACACUAAACUGUAACCUUCCUGGAAUAUAUUUGUUUUUGAUACUUUUUUUGGGGUGCUGUCACACCAGUACCGACAGAUCUGUUUGUUUAUGUAUCCCUCCAGAUGGAAGUGAGCCUCAUCGCUGAAUAGAAUGUGGUCCAACCCUCCAUCAUCCCAAAACAUAUUCAUCACUGUCUAAAUUUUUUUCAGAUUUCGUGGUCCGUAGGUUUUAAAACUGUACCAAUUGAAUUUCGUACGGAUGAAACUGUAAGUUUCAAGUUUUAAUCCGUUGAACACUUGAGCGAUGAAUAUGCAAAACUUGAGCAUGUUUUCGGAUUGAGCGCCUGGGAUUGUCGUUCGCAGCACGGCGGUCAAUCUGAAUGUUCCGAUGAACUUCUGGUAUCCUGGACGCUUCUGAUUUGCCACUGUACCAGUUUGUCGAGAUCUUUUAACCCAGGAUUUCACUAAAUUUUUUGACGGAGCAUCACCUACACGCAGAAUAAUAACGGUUGUAAAAACGCCGUGUCGCGACAUGGGAAUCGUUAACCAUAAAAGCACGUUGCUCGUUCAACUACUGCUGCAUGUUUACUGACAAUCCGUACGUAGUCGACGAAAAUUACAAGCUCUGCUUCUCUCUCCACUGUUAAAGCGGUUGUACAGGGCGCGUUCGAAAAGGGAAAUUUACUCGGAGUCACCCAGUAUAAUAAAUUCAAUAUAUACCGGGUGUUUCAAAUUCCACUCACAAUUGGAAUCUAAGAAACAGUAAGAGAUGCGAAAUUCGUGAAAUGUUGGGAAAGUGGCCCUUAGAAAGUUACGCAAUUCAGAGUGUUCCAGGAGAUAGGCGAAAGAAACCGAAUUUUCCCAAAAUCGUUUUUAUUUUUCCCUGACUUUAUUAGAGUUAGGAUUUAGUGAAAGAAAAGAAAAUUGAUUCAACAAGGAAAAUAUCGAACCCGCUUCCUCAAACAAUUGAUAGACAAUCGUUUAUUGAAUAUACACUAUGAAAUGUACAACAUCCAUUAACAUAGGAUGUUGGACAUUUCAUAGUGCACAUGAUCAUAGACUAGCAGUCUCCACAUGACUCUUUCCACAAACUGUAAUAAUAAACACACAUAAAAUAAGUUGAAUAAAGAUUUAAUACUGAAAA